UUUAUUUGUUUGCCAAGCAAUUUGCUUCAGUUGAAUAGUUUUCUUCCAUAGCGUAUAUAUAAAUAAGUAAGUAAUGGCUUCGUCGAGUAACGAGAAUGGCAAUCUUAUGGACGAGUUCGAGGAAGCAUUUCAGGCAUGCCUUUUAUCGUUGACCAAACCAGAACCCAACACUGGCACAAAUAAGGAUGAAAUAGAACUGGAAGUGCAAAAAACCACAAAUCGGUUUAUCGACGUUGCCCGGCAGAUGGAAGCCUUCUUUCUUCAAAAACGCUUCCUCGUCUCAACGCUAAAGCCAGAUAUGUUAAUAAAAGAUGAAAAUCAGGACUUGCGCAAUGAAAUCGCCCGCAAAGAGCAAUUACUCAAUAAACACUACAGUCGCUUAGAAGAGUGGAAAGCGUGCUUGUCCGAUAUACAAGCAAAUCAAGGUGUACACAACAGACCCAUUGGUGGAGUAGGAAGCACAAUAGCCGCUAUGAGUGAAUCGGUUGGAAUGGGCGCGACGGGAAUGGCCGGACCGGCUGGUCUAAAUAUACCACAAGGCCCUAAUAGACCAGGUGUUGGCGGCAUGUUAAGCAAUAUGCCAGCCUACGGAGUAGCUAGACGAUUUUAAAAAUAUCAGCUAUUAACUAUAGACACGUUUUAAUCCACAUAUUCAAUGUCGAAACUUUCUACGGGUUCAAUAAAUUUAGAGAACUACUAAGUACUUUUAUGUAAAA